UCCGAAUUUUUUUAAUUUUUUGCAGAGUGCAUAUCAAAGCAAUCGAAACACCACCAAAAUCAUAUCAUAGAUAAAAGUUUCUCGAGUGAUACAAAGGAAUUCGACUUUACCGCAAGGCAACCCUAGUCAAUAAUUAUAUGUAUUUAUUGUACAUAUGCAAUCAUAGAUGCAUAUGAGGUAACGCUAACUGCAAUUGGAAGGAAGUCAUUCUCAGCCCGAAUCCUAGCCCACCGCACAUAUCACAAAGCAAUCGAAUCGUCGACCGAGUCGAGCCUUAUGAGUGCGUCUAAUUCAAGUUGAUUAACUCAAAUAAUGCACAUUCGAUAAUAUCGAUGUUACCAAAAGAAUUGAUGUCCCUCCAUGAUAUUCCAAAGCGAAAAGAAAAAAAAACUAUGGCGUUAUGCGUCAAGAAACAAUCCGGCUACGUGCGAUGCGGAUUUGAUACCGACACCCAUGCAGCAACAACAGCCGCUGCACCCUCCACAUCAACGCCACCUUCAGAGCUGCGGCAGCUUUUGUUGCUGCUACGCGGAUCAAUCCCCACUGAUGAUGAUGCGGCAGCCGAACAGCCCAUCUCCACCACCGUACAGUUCAAUACCCUCCAUAGACUGCUCAGGCUCCUAUCGCCCCACCCACAACCACCCCCAGCUGCAGCUGAGGUGCCACCCAAAUGGGCAAGAAGACAUUUCCGUGUCCGCCUCGGCGACCGAAGGAUCGAGCUAUUCCUAUAUAAAAGAUGGCUGCAGUUACGCAAACUCUGGCGCCAGCAUGUUGGUCGACGAAAACAGGUUCUGUCCGGAGUGGGCUCUACAGAUGUCAGCGGCUGUGCCGAUACCGAUGCCGGCUUGUUCAAAUGCACAUGCAAUGACAGCAGCGGCCAACUUUGCCACGACAGCGGCGAAGAUGUUUCGCAACUGCUGUGGCGGCGGCGGUGGCAGCAGCAGCAGCGGGACGACGACAGACUCCGGGAACAGAUUCUUUUCGGAAACGAGCCCGGUGCCGAGCAAACGCCACAGUCAGAGUCGACAGCGCACAGCCUCAUCCACACCCACCUGCCCAAUGCAUACCCAGUCGCCCACAAUGUCCCCAGCUGGGACCGGGUCAAUGUCAGCGACAGCGAUACGUCAAGAGACGGUGCACCAAAACUUCGAUGCAUUGCUAAAGAAGCUGAAGAGCAAACAGAUAGCCGAUCUACUCCAGGCCGUAAGAAGUCGCGUGGACCCACCUCACAAGCGAGACUCGCCAGAUACGUCGAGCUAUCUGCAGUGCAUCCUAAUCAAGUGCAGCUUGCCCAUCGACAAGGGACAGCAUGUGACCACGUGCCAACUUUUUCUGUGGUCCGACCUAAUGGAUGCUGGCGAGCUAAGGCGUCUGCCCACUUGCCCCAGUGCUCGGGACUCCGUCUAUAUUUGCUGCAAUCCACUGCACUGGUAUCGGAUAAACUAUCCAAUCGAUUCAGGUAUGCCAAUAUAUUUAUGAAUUGUAUUGAACUGA